CCGUGCCCGCUUCUUCUCUCGUCUCCCACGCUCACAUCGCAUUCUCCCGCUCUAUGCUCGCGCAGAUGUGGACCUGAAGACUACUCAACCUCUCGUUACAAAAUUGCCGUUUGUAUGUAAUUGCUCGACAUGUUUUUCACAUUAAAUUAGACUGAACCUGAAGACUGCUUGUCACAAGUAGACCAAUGCUGUUUUGGGGAAUAAAAUAAACUACAAUUUUUAUUUUUGGGUGCGUAGGUUGGUUGUCUUGACUAGGGCAACAGUAUGGAUCUCUCAUUUAUAGCUGCACAGAUCCCAGUCAUGACGGGGGCCUUCAUGGACUCCUCACCCAAUGACAACUACAGUGCCGACCACUCGCUCUUCAAUUCCUCGGCCAGUGUCCACGCCGCCUCUGCGGCGACCUCAUCCCAGACCCAGCAGGACGACCAGUCCUCGUCCAGUGAUGCCAUCUGGCUCUGGAUUGCCAUCAUCGCUACUAUUGGCAACAUUGUGGUGGUGGGAGUGGUCUACGCAUUCACCUUCUGAUCCAUCUUGCCUUCCUGUCCACCAAGCCAAAAAUGAGUGAGCUUCCCCAUGGGGGAACGUGAUAAAAGGCAAAGGAUAAAUAUCACAUAAUGAAUUACCAAAGGGCUCCGGGAUGCAAACGCUGACUGUGGUGGGGGGUUUCUUUAGUUGAAGCUUCAGCAACAUUCACUUUCAAUAAAAAAAACUCUAUGUUUCAGGAUAGGAACAAUAUACCAGUACGCACAAGUUCAACUGAAGUCUGAAUGGUAUUUUCAACUUUAGUCGCCUAACUUUCAGUAGACAUCACGCUCCUGGAUGUUGUUGUGUUGCAUUGUGGUACUGAGGGCGAUAAGAUACGGACAGGGUGAACCGGACCAUCUUAAAUGUCCCCCAGAUAGAUGAGAGGCAAUUACGAGGAGUGCUGCUUAAUUAUUUGGAUGAACAGAGACGUGAAUCUUAAAACAUUUAAGUGAUGCUGGGAAUACUUCUGCAUUAGCCAUGGGCUCAGGUUCUUACAGUCCAUUAUCUGUUCUGACAAAAGAACGCUUCUCAGUUUCUAUAGCAAUGCCACACCAGUUUAUGGUCCAAUAAAGGAAAUCACUCCACCAUCUAAUUUACUCUGCUAAAUCUGCAUCUGAAACAUGAUUUAUUACACCACAGAACAUCUAUCAUUGACAUUUCACUUUUUUAUAACAAACCUCUCACAGAGACAUUAAAGUAUAUGACCAAGGUAGACCUGAAAGAUAUAAGCACACUUUACAUGAGCAGAAAUAAUGUACAGCUUUAGGUUGUCAUAGCCUAGUUGUUAUUUAGCUACCCUCUUUGGAGUCUUCAUGUGCUGUAUAAGCUAAAUAAGCUGUGUUCUAUCAAGCUGGUCUCUUUAAAUGUAGAACUGUUCAGUGAAUUUGCUUUUUGCUGCCAUAGGGUCCAGGGCCAGUUGAGAAUAUUAACAGUUAUCUUUUCAAGACAUUAGCGAGGCCCCUGGUGUCACCACAGUGGGUGUUCUCAAGUCCCCAACUCUCUCUCCAAAUCCAUGUACAUUGAUGUCAGGGGUGAUCAUUUCUUAAGGCUGUCACAGUGGCAGUGCUAUGAGCUUUAUUAUUGAGCUUAAUUAUUGACUUUCUGUCUAGAAAGGAACUGAAAAGAACCGCCAAGGUUGGUAAAUGUGAUGGAUUGAUAAAAACAUGUUUAAUCUCAGCCCCAAAGCGUUCUGUUCAGCUGAAAAGAGCUGAAACAGGAAAGAUCCGCUCCCUUUUUGAUUGGAAUUUGUCUUCUCUCUAGGAGACCGUUGUUCUUGAAUGUUGGCUGGCUUGCCCUAACAGCUGCAAUUGUAUCAGUGAUAAAUCAAUUUGGUCCAAGUUCACCAUUACAAUAAUUAGGUGGGUGCUUACAUUUGUCCUACACCACACGUACAAGUGCAAAGUGGAAAUGUGUUUUUUGCACAUCCCGCUCCCCUCAGAGUGGAGCAGAGCCAGAAAUCAGACAUUAUUGACAGCAACCCUGGAGCAAUUAGGGUUAAGUGCCUUGCUCAAGGGCACAUCAACAGAUUUUUAACCAAGUCAGCUCGGUAAUUGAACUGGCCCAACACUCCUAACAGCUAGGCUACCUGCCGCCAGUGAGUUGUUAUAUCAGACACAUUAUAUAAUGAUUUAUGAAUAGCUUUGCACAUGCAUUGCUGAAGUCAAUAGAAAUGUUCUUGUGUAUACAUCCCCCGCUCUUGAGUUGAUGCAGAGAGUCAACAUUGAUUCCAUCAACCUUUUUGACGUAUUUUUACGAUUAUAUGAUAUAUGACUUUAAGUUACAGGGCAUCAUCUAGCGAUAAGCUAGAAAGAGAGUAGGGGCUGUUUGUAUUCAAUGACGUUUCUAAUGUGACCUUGAUAAAAGCAGAAUUUGUAGUAAGACUAUCUAGAAGGUUGUAGAGGGUUUCUCAUGUCUUGGUAUAUGUAUACACUGUACAUAUUGGUAUUUACAGUAUAACAUACAGUAAGUACUUACUUACAUUAACCAAUUACAAUAGAAUUUCCAGCAAAUUGUAUUAUUUAAAUCCCCAAUAAGAGGUCAAAUGUGUAAGUGUGUAGCAAUGUAGUAAUUCAAAUACACAUUCUUUUUUGUAUGAAAAUGUAUUCCAUUAAAGUUUCAGGAUUGCUGUG